CUUGUCCGCGAGAUGCAGUGAAUGGGGAGGGGCGGGGGAUGCCCUCCAAUCCGUGACCGCGCUGCAGCCCUCGGAGACGGCCGGCCAGAGCGUUUCAGCCUCGCGUUCAGUUUAAAUCUGCUGCAGGUUAAUGUGGAGGGGCUCUUACCUCGGUUUAAACUCGGGUUAAAGCCGGUUUAUCUAUUUUUACUGUAGCUGUGCGUCGAUAUUGCUGCCUUAUAGGAACCCUUUCUCAGGACCUUGGACAGCGCCGGAGCAGCGUGGAACUUGUAGUUCUUUCGCCAAGCGCCGCCGUUGUCGUGUGAAGCAAUUGGACUACAACUCCCAUGAUACCUUGCGAGCGGACACCCUCUUUUUACGUGUCAGCAUCAGCGGACAUGGGCCACAAGGCGUCGUAGUAACCAAGCUGGAUUGGAACUCCAAACUAGAGCCCAUAUUCCUCAAAAUCCUACGCCAAGGCUUAAGCCCAGACCCUGUUUGAGUCAUCUGCGCUGCGCUGAAUUCGGUUUUAGGAGGGAUUAAGCACAGAAAACGAGCGGCGCGGAUUUGUGCUGAUUUUUGCUCCCUUUUUAGCUUUUGUUUUUUAGAUUAGCCUUGUUGUUGUGUUAUUUCUGAAUCUCUGGAGUAGUUCCAGAAUCAUGGUGAGGUGCUGAAACUUAGCUAUCUUUGGGGGGAAAUGAUUUUUCUUAGCUUUAUUUAGGCUUUAUUUGUCAUUUCUGGGAUGGUGUAAUAGACGGAUAGGGAUGAGGGACGUGGGUCAGAAGCUUGUGGAAGGAGGAGGCUACGCUGAGACGGUUGGCUGUUGACGUUGGGUCAUUUAGCUAGGUUAACUGUUAGUUAGCUAACUAGCUAUCUAGUUAGCAGGUAGGUUAGCUAGCUAGUUAGUUAGAUAGCUAGCAGCCUCCUAUAGCUAGCUAUGGGCUUUUCUGGGGCUCCUGGCUCUCUGUAAGGUUGGACCAGAAGGUCCCAGGCUCUGAUGAACCACCACCCCAACACCUCAGAGCUGCUGCAGUGUUUCUAGGCUGUUUCUGUGGAUUCCUGGCUAGGUUAGCUAACCUAUCUGUAGGAAAGACCAAUUUUUUCCAUUCCAAUAGCAGUACACGCCCAUCCACCCCCUCUCCAGAGGAUCAUCAGCAGCAGCAGCAGACCCGGGGACAGUCCGCCUUGGCCGAAGCAGACCUGGGCUCGCCUCCAGCGGGUGCUCCGAUGCUGCACGGCCGGAGUUGAUGCGGGUGAACGCGGGAGAGCAUGGCCGAUAAGACCGCUCCGCGCUGCCAGCUCCGGCUCGAGUGGAUCCACGGCUACCGUGGCCACCAGUGCCGCAACAACCUCUUCUACACGGCGGGCAAGGAGAUCGUUUACUUCGUGGCCGGAGUGGGCGUCGUCUACAACACCAGGGAGCACAGCCAGAAGUUUUAUUUGGGCCACAACGAUGAUAUUAUUAGUCUCGCUCUGCACCCUGACAAGAUCCAAGUGGCCACUGGUCAGGUAGGGAAGGAUCCAUAUAUCUGUGUGUGGGACUCGUAUACACUGAUCACUGUCUCCAUCCUGAGAGAUGUCCACACACACGGCGUGGCCUGUUUGGCCUUUGAUGCUGACGGGCAGCGGCUGGUGUCUGUUGGUCUCGAUGCCAAAAACACUGUGUCUGUGUGGGACUGGAAGAAAGGACGGGUCUUGGCCACUGCCACGGGGCAUUCAGACAGGAUCUUUGAUAUAUCCUGGGAUCCGUUCCUGCCGCACCGGCUGGUAAGCUGCGGAGUGAAGCACAUCAAAUUUUGGACGUUGUGUGGGAACGCACUGACACCCAAAAGGGGAAUCUUUGGAAAGACAGGGGAUCUGCAGACUAUUCUGUGUCUGGCCACAGCGAAAGAGGAGGUUACAUACUCUGGGGCUCUGAAUGGAGACAUCUACGUUUGGAAGGGGCUGAACCUGGUGCGGACUGUUCAGGCUGCUCAUGGGGCUGGGAUCUUCAGUAUGCACGCAUGUGAGGAAGGCUUUGCCACUGGGGGUCGGGACGGAUGUGUGAGACUCUGGGACGUGGACUUCAAACCUAUCACCAAGAUUGACCUCAGGGAGGCAGAACAGGGAUAUAAAGGUCUUUCUAUCCGUAGCGUGUGCUGGAAGGCUGACCGUAUCUUGGCUGGGACGCAGGACAGUGAGAUUUUCGAGGUGAUGGUGCGGGACAGGGAUAAGCCUCUGCUGGUCAUGCAAGGUCAUUCCGAGGGGGAGCUGUGGGCCCUAGACCUGCACCCCAAACAGCCAAUCGCAGUCACGGGUAGUGACGAUCGCUCUGUCCGGCUUUGGAGCCUAGCCGAUCAUACCCUAAUAGCUCGCUGUAACAUGGAGGAGGCUGUCCGCAGUGUGUCCUUCAACAACGACGGCUCCCAGCUCGCUUUGGGUAUGAAGGACGGCUCCUUCACUGUUCUUCGCGUCAGAGACAUGACGGAGGUAGUGCACAUUAAAGACAGGAAGGAGGUGAUUCAUGAGCUAAAGUUCUCUCCUGACGGUUCUUACCUGGCGGUGGGGUCCAACGAUGGCCUGGUAGAUAUCUACGCUGUAGCCCAGCGCUACAAGAAGGUGGGGGAGUGCAACAAAUCUGCCUGCUUUAUUACCCACCUGGACUGGUCUGUGGACAGCCGCUUCCUGCAGACCAAUGACGGUGCUGGGGAGAGAUUCUUCUACAGGAUGCCAGCUGGCAAGUUCCUCCCCAAAGAAGAGGCCAAAGGGAUUCACUGGAUGACCUGGACCAGUGUCUUAGGGCCAGAGGUUAAUGGCAUCUGGCCCAAAUACUCAAAUGUCAAUGACAUCAACUCUGUAGAUGCCAACUACAGCAGCGCUGUGCUGGUCACAGGGGACGACUUCGGCCUGGUCAAGCUUUUCCGGUUCCCCUGUCUUAAAAAAGCUGCCAAAUUCAAGAAGUACAUUGGUCACUCUGCCCAUGUGACAAAUGUGCGCUGGUCACAUGACCUGCAGUGGGUUGUGAGUACGGGCGGAGCUGACCACUCCGUGUUUCAGUGGAGGUUUCUGCCUGAGGGUGUUAUGAAUGGCGUACUGGAACCCCUUCUGCAAGAGGGCUACGCUGACUCCAACAGCGGCGAAUCCGACUCAGACCUGUCUGAUGUUCCUGAGCUGGACUCAGACAUUGAACAGGAGGCUCAGAUGAACUACGAGCGCCAGGUCUAUAAGGAGGAUCUGCCUCAGCUGAAGAAGAAGCUGGUGGGCUCUUUGAAAAGGCAGAAAGCCCCAGACGAAGGGCUGCGGCUCCAGUUUGUCCAUGGGUAUAGGGGUUGUGACUGCAGGAAUAAUCUGUUCUACACUCAGACUGGGGAGGUGGUGUAUCACGUAGCUGCUGUGGGCGUGGUCUAUAACAGGCAGCAGCACACUCAGCGUUUUUACCUAGGCCAUGAUGACGACAUCCUCAGCCUCACCGCCCAUCCACUGAAGGAUUAUGUUGCCACUGGGCAGGUGGGAAGAGACCCAGCGAUUCAUGUUUGGGACAUUCAGACCCUGAAGUGUUUGUCCUUGUUGAGAGGGCAGCACCAGAGAGGAGUGUGUGCACUCGAGUUCACAGCGGAUGGGAAGAGUCUGGUGUCUGUGGGAAUUGAUGAAGGCCACUCUAUAGUGAUGUGGGACUGGAAGAAGGGGGAGAAGUUAGCCAAAGCAAGAGGACACAAAGACAAGAUUUUUGUGGUGAAGGGGAAUCCGUUCCGUAUGGACAAGCUAGUCACAGUGGGCAUAAAGCAUAUAAAGUUCUGGCAGCACACAGGUGGAGGCUUGACAUUUAAGAGGGGAAUAUUUGGCAACCUGGGCAAGCAGGAGACCAUGAUGUCAGCAUGCUACGGACGCUCCGAGGACCUGGUGUUCUCCGGGGCCACCACAGGAGAUGUUUACAUCUGGAAAGAUACCUCAUUGAUAAAGACCAUCAAAGCUCAUGACGGCCCUGUGUUUGCCAUGUGCUCACUGGACAAGGGGUUUGUGACAGGAGGUAAGGAUGGCAUAGUGGAGCUGUGGGACGACAUGUUCGAGAGAUGUUUAAAGACCUACGCCAUCAAGAGGGCUGCACUCUCCCCAUCCUCUAAAGGGCUGCUGCUGGAGGAUAACCCCUCAAUCCGUGCUAUCACUCUGGGCCACGGGCACAUCCUGGUGGGCACCAAGAACGGAGAGAUCUUGGAGAUUGACAAGAGUGGCCCUAUGACUUUACUGGUUCAGGGUCAUAUGGAGGGUGAGGUAUGGGGCCUUGCUGCUCAUCCAUUGCUGCCUAUAUGUGCCACUGUGAGUGACGACAAAACACUUCGCAUCUGGGAGUUAUCCGCCAAUCAUCGGAUGGUGGCCGUCCGUAAACUUAAGAAAGGUGGUAGAUGCUGUGCCUUCUCCCCGGAUGGGAAAGCCUUAGCUGUGGGUUUGAAUGAUGGCAGCUUUCUGGUGGUGAAUGCAGACACUCUGGAGGACAUGGUGACCUUCCACCAUAGAAAGGAGAUCAUCUCUGACCUUAAGUUCUCUCAAGAUGCUGGAAAGUACCUAGCAGUGGCCUCCCAUGAUUCAUUUGUGGACAUCUACAAUGUGCUGACCAGUAAAAGAGUGGGUAUCUGUAAAGGAGCGACCAGCUACAUCACCCACAUUGACUGGGACACGCGCGGUAAAUUGCUGCAACUGAACACUGGUGCCAAAGAGCAGUUAUUCUUCGAAGCUCCCCGUGGACGGAGGCAGAACAUCUCUGCUGCUGAGUUUGAGAAGGUGGAGUGGGCCACAUGGACAUCUGUUCUGGGUUCUACCUGUGAGGGAAUCUGGCCUACUCUUAGUUUUGUCAAUGCCUCUUCACUUACCAAAGACAGAAAGCUUCUGGCAACCGGAGACGACUUCGGCUUCAUCAAGCUCUUCAGCUUUCCAUGCAAGGGUCAGUUUGCCAAGUUUAAGAAGUAUGUGGGCCACAGUGCCAAUGUGACAAACGUACGGUGGUCCAAUGACGAUGCCAUGCUGCUGUCUGUGGGCGGGGCUGACAUGGCGCUGAUGAUCUGGGCGAGGGAGGGGAUUGGUCCACGCGAGAGCAAAGCCGUCGACAGUGAAGAAUCGGAUGAUGAUGCAGAGGAAGAUGGAGGAUAUGACAGUGAUGUGGCCAGAGAAAAGAACAUGGAUUACACCACUAAAAUCUACGCCGUCAGCAUUCGGGAGAUGACUGGUGUUAAGCCACAUCAACAGCAGAAGGAAAUUCUGGUGGAUGAGAGGCCCCCUGUAAGCAGAGCUGCUCCAUUACCGGAGAAACUGUUAAAGAACAACGUCACCAAGAAGAAGAAACUAGUGGAGGAGCUGGCGCUGGACCAUGUUUUUGGUUACAGAGGCUUUGACUGCCGUAACAAUCUGCACUACCUCAAUGACGGAGCUGACAUCAUCUUCCACACAGCGGCUGCAGCUGUGAUCCAGAACUUGUCUGCAGGCACGCAGAGCUUCUACCUUGAGCACACAGAUGACAUUCUCUGCCUCACUGUCAAUCAACACCCCAAAUAUCAAAACAUCAUCGCCACAGGCCAAAUAGGCGAGAUCACUGAUCUGCCAGGCCUGGCACCAUCCAUCCACGUGUGGGACGCGAUGAGUAAGCAGACGCUCUCUGUUCUGCGCUGCUCCCACGCGAAGGGCGUCGGCUACGUCAACUUCAGUGCUACUGGCAAACUGCUGCUGUCUGUGGGAGUGGAUCCAGAACACACCAUCACUGUGUGGCGCUGGCAGGAAGGAAGUAAAGUGAGCAGUAAGGCCGGCCAUUCCGACCGGAUCUUUGUAGUGGAAUUCCGGCCUGACUCGGACACUCAGUUCGUAUCUGUGGGGAUCAAACACAUCAAGUUCUGGACGCUGGUGGGCGGCUCUCUGCUGUAUAAGAAAGGAGUGAUUGGGGCGGUGGAGGAGGGCCGGAUGCAGACGAUGCUCUCUGUGGCCUUUGGUGCUAAUAACCUCACAUUUACGGGUGCCAUCAAUGGAGAUGUGUAUGUGUGGAGGGAUCAUUUCCUGGUGCGUGUGGUGGCUAAAGCUCACACUGGACCUGUUUUCACCAUGUACACCACCCUCAGAGACGGCCUUAUAGUCACUGGAGGCAAGGAGAGACCGACCAAAGAAGGUGGAGCAGUGAAGCUUUGGGAUCAGGAGAUGAGGAGAUGCCGAGCGUUUCAGCUGGAGACCGGCCUGCCUGUAGAGAGCGUCAGAUCCGUCUGCCGGGGAAAGGGUAAGAUCUUGGUGGGGACGAAGGACGGAGAGAUCAUAGAAGUGGGAGAGAAGAACGCUGCAUCAAACACCAUGAUAAACGGACAUACCCAGGGCCGCAUCUGGGGUCUGUCCACACACCCCUCCAAAGACAUCUUCAUCUCAGCAAGUGAUGAUGGAACUAUUCGCAUCUGGGACUUAGCAGACAAGAAACUUCUGAACAAAGUGAGUCUGGGUCAUCCAGCCAAGUGCACAGCUUUCAGUCCCAACGGAGAUAUGGUGUCGAUUGGGAUGGAGAACGGAGAGUUUAUCGUACUUCUGGUCAAUUCACUCACAGUGUGGGGCAAGAAAAGGGACCGCAGUGUGGCGAUUCAGGACAUACGAUUCAGUCCUGAUAACCGGCUGCUGGCUGUGGGUUCUGUGGAGAGUGCUGUAGAUUUCUAUGACCUCACGCUGGGUCCUUCUCUCAAUCGCAUCGGCUACUGCAAGGACAUCCCCGGCUUCGUCAUCCAGCUGGACUUCUCCGCCGACAGCAAGUUCAUUGCGGUCUCUACAGGAAAUUACAAGCGGCAGAUGCAUGAGGUCCCCAGUGGUAAGGUGGUGACGGAGCAGUUCAUUAUGGACAGAAUCACCUGGGCGACCUGGACUAGUGUCCUCGGAGACGAGGUGUUGGGUGUGUGGCCACGGAAUGCAGACAAAGCAGAUGUGAACUGCGCCUGCGUCUCUCACGCUGGUCUGAACGUGGUGACUGGCGAUGACUUCGGCUUAGUCAAGCUCUUCGAUUUCCCAUGCCCUGAGAAAUUUGCCAAACACAAGCGCUACUUCGGGCACUCGGCACACGUGACCAACAUUCGCUUCUCCUACGACGACAAAUAUGUGAUAAGCGUCGGAGGCAACGACUGCAGUGUAUUCGUAUGGAGAUGUCUGUGAGGGGAACUGACUCACCUGGGCAGCUCUCUUCCACACAUCAAUCCAGAGAGGAUUCCUCCCCAUUACCUCCUGAAUCUGAAUGCUGCACACCUUCUAAUGCUGCAUUUGAUCGCAGUGUGCGCAGAUGGGUUUGAACGGCCAGCUGGCGACGCUGUCGUUCCACAGCAGAACCAGUGUUUUACCAUUCCGUCAAGUGUAAUGUUUACGUUCUCAUGUACUUUAAACAACAAAAAAACAAAAGCAAAACACACGUAAUCAUCAUGCCAAUAUUUUAAAAAUAUAUUUUUCCUUUUUACAUAAAGUGCCUUAAAUACGCAUUUUGCUGAUUUCUGCCCACUAAAUGGUUACGAUGCAUAUCUGGUGCUAUAUGGAACAUGUGAUUUUUAGGGCUUAUGAAUGGUCUGUACACUUCAUUGUGUGUUAUGCAAAUUCAGUUAAUUGUUUUUCUUCUUUUUUUUACAUUAUAAUCAGAUAUGUUCAGUUAUUCUAGCUCUUCCUCAUGCAUUUAUAUUUAAAUAUAUAUGUAUGUGUACACAUACAUGUUUAUAUAUGUAUGUUUACAUAUAUAUUUAAAACACAUCCAAAAACUCGGGACUCAGGAGCCUGUGAAGGCAUAAGUACUGUAACUGAAUAUUUGUAGAUGUUAUAUUCGACGUGUGCUAUUUUUGUUAAAAGAUCACGUUUAUUUUUUACGUGUGUAUGUGUUAAUGUACGAAGUAUGCAACUCGGUCAGUGGGUCUUACAGACGAAAAAAAAGUAAACAUAAAACUAACAAAAGUCUCAAAACAUAGUAGAAAACCAGUGUAACGGUGUUGUCAAAGAAGUCUGUAUUGCGAUACGCUGUUUGUAGCCAAUGAUGUGAUGGCAGAUGUGUCUAUUGUGUACAGAUAUCAGUGGAAAAUAUCUGUAAUUUCUAUGUUUGUUUUUGUAAUCUAUAUCAAGAUACAAAUACAUGUAAUUGAAAGAUGUAUAAAUUAAUGCAUGAUCUGGACAGUUCAGAAAUGUGUAAUGUUCUAAUGAUGUUCUAUUUCAAAAGAUGAGUGAAUGGUAUUCAAAAUCACAAAAAAUAUAUUUAUUUUACAAUUAAAGAACAAAAAACUAUGAUGAACCAUGA